AUGCUUCGCCGCGAGGGCCGCGACAUGCUCUUAGACGAGGUGCAGGAAGACGAAGCGCCACCACUUUGCACUGGUGUGGUGUCUGCUGCCUUUCCUACGGAUGUGUUAGCCGAGGUCUGCGAGAUCGACGCCUCCGGCCCAGAGGAUGCGUCUGCACCUGAUGAAGGCAAUGAAACAGUCCCGGCAGUACGAAGGUCCUGGACUUCACCCGACGAUGGCUGGGGGACGCACCUGAUUCCAUCCGACCUGGAGACGAUGCCCAUGGGCAUGCCUGUAACGGUUGGUGAACUGGCAGAUUUCCUCUCCCAGGCUUGCUCGCCCAAGGAAUCGGAGGAGGAAAUGCUGGACUGGUCUUUGGAGCAGUGGAGAGCUCACCGGCUAAAACUGCGCAGGGCGGAGGAGCCCGAGACCAAGGAGGGCGAGGAGGAGAUUUCAAGCUCGCGCCUGGACUUGGUCGAAGGCCCAAUUGGCCCAGUAUUGGUCCAUCGCGUCCCCUGCGCUCCGCCAAGGCCAAUCCUUUGUGCCGAUGACUCGGAUGCAACCCUCUUGAAGGCUGUGCAGUUGCUGUUGGCAUAUCCGCAGUGCGAUGCGCUCCCAGUAGUCGGAGACAGCAGCGGCGAUGAUCUCGGCUUUCCGGUGGGGCUGGCCGAGGAGAAGCAGGCGCUGCAUGAGCCUGCUCGGGUUUGUCUUUCAGGCCAGACGCAGCCUCUGAGCGAGCUCCUGUACUUCUUUGCCAAGACGCACCACAGCACCGUCCCCAUCAUCGAGGAUGCAAAGGGCGCCGUGGUGUGCAACCUGAGCAGAAGGGAUCUCCUGUCCUACCUGGACCUGGCCAUGCAGUCAGCAAGGCAGAGCGAUGCCGGAGGUCCAGAUGCGUCGGAGGAGACCGUUGAGUUCAAUACGUUGGAGCAAUCCCUCCUAGACAACCUCAUGGCCGAAGCAGCACCGCAGGACCCGAAGGGCCAGGCACUGGUGGUUGUUGGACACAAGUUGACAGAGCUGAGCACUGUUGCAAUAGUGGUUACUGAUUCGCUUUUUGGCUUCGGCGCUUCCAUGGCCGCCGGGGCUGCGGCGGCCGCUGAGCGGGGUCUGCUUCGGCUCCUUCAGCGACUGGACGCAGAGAAGGAGACAAAACCGGACGCUGUGGAGCCCGGAGCAAAUGAGUCGAAGGAUGAAGGUGCGAAGGACGACAAGGAGAAGGAGUUGCGAAGGUACCUCGCAACGGAACUCCAGGAGCUUGGAGGAGUGUGGUCCAAGUCAGAAAGUUCACAGAGCUCUCAGCUUGUGCGCAACCUCGGAUGCCAUUUGCAAGAGCUGUCUCCAGGGACUUGCGCCAGAGCGGUUCGGGCAUUCGCCCCCUUAGAAGAGGAUGUCAGACGUCAGAUGGUGUCUCUGACCACUGCUUUCAAUGAAUGGCUUGGUGAUGCUCCGGAGGAACUUUCAGAGAAGGCCCUCAUGGGCAUUGAGGAGCAUCUCAAAGUGUUGGAUGGUGCUUCGUACCUCUCCCACUGCUACCGAUGGGCCGGUGGCACCGGUGGUGCCGAUGUGAGGGUGAAGUUUCUACUUUCCCUUGCCAUGGUUCUGCGGGCACUUUUCGGGAGUGCAAAGGCCAAAGCAGCCGAGGAGCUGACGGAGAGAGCGGAGAGGCUGCUGCUUCGAUUUUUUGGAGGCAAAGAGGAGAGCCAAGCCGAAGGCAGUUUGCAGAGGACGCGCGAGCGGUGCUUCAGUUGGUUGGAGGGUCGGCUACUACGCUAUGACCGCCAGUGGCGCCGCUGCACGGAGCGGGCGAAGGCCUUGGGCUUCGCCGGAGAGCUGAGGCGGCGUCUGGGAAGAGCUGUAGAGGCCAGCUCUGGGGCAGAGUGGCUGAACCUGCCACACUGGCCCAUGGCCUACUGCUCUGUAGCCAAGGCCUUGGCAGGCUUUGUGGUGGAGUACUUCGAUGAGAAAAGAUUUUUGGAGCUACCGGAGCACAGCCUCCAGCCAGCGGCGCUGCUCCAUGUGCUCAACGAACUCCUUGACCCUUUUGAAGUCGAGGAAACUUAUGGUGCCGAAGGUGGUGUUCGCCUAAACGAGGCGUGGGAGGCCAUCAAAGCCGAGCAAGAUACCCCUCCACCAGUGAGGCAGGAAGCUCCAAAGGCCUUGACUCCAAGAGCCUCCACUAGGCCUGUUCAGGCGCAGCCCUCGAACUCCAAUGACACACCCAAGGACACUGUGUCAUCCCGAGAGCCGCAGCCACAGAAGCCCCAACCCUCCCCGGAGCCUCUGGAGGCCAAGGAGGCCAAGGAUGCCAAGGAGGCUAAAAAGAGAAGCCGGAGUCGCAGCAGCAGCGGCGAGAGCCUGCAGCCAAAGCUUCUGAAAGCGCGAAAGAAGGAACCCAAGGAGCCCAAGGACGGUGAGGAUGGCAAGGUAGCCAACGACGUUCAAAAGGAGGAUUCCAAAGAUGUCGAAAAGGAGGCUGUGGAAUCCAAACCCGUAGAGACAGCAUCUCCUUCUCCCAAGAAGGCGAAGAAGAGAAGCAAUUCGUCGACUUCUGAGCAAGCGCCAAAGCAAGCAGUUGCAAAGAAAGCGGCGGCUGCUUCUCCACAUCCCCCACCAAGCCAUGGCAGUCCUGGCCAAUACUUUUAUCCCAUGCACUGGGGGCCCAUGGCCAUACCCAUGAUGCCGCACCCGGGUCAUCGUCCUGGCUUGCCCAUGAUGCCGCACUACCUGAUGCCUGGCAUGCCCAUGGCGGUAGAGAAAAAGAAGAAGGACAAACGUAAGGAGAAGCACCGCAAGGAAAAGGACCGAGACAAGGACCGGGGUGACAGCGGGUCAGAGUCCUCGCACGAAAAGAAGCGUCGGAAGAAGAAGGAGAAGGCCGCCAAGAAGGAGAAGAAAGAGAAAUCGAAAUAG